AUGCUUCAGCCCCAAAUCGUGCAGUCCCCUGCGAGGCUAGGCCUUACAAACCCUAACUCACCUUCAAUUUUGAACCCUAACCCACAAAAGCUACCUCCUUCACAGACCCACCAUCACCAAAACCACCAUUCUGCAACUCCUUCAGCUGCUCUACUCUCUCUUUUACCGCCUCUCCCUAGAGCACAGGCACUUCUUGCUCAAAUGGCUACCUUAGCUUCAAAACUCUUUGAAGUAUCACCCAACAGAUCUGUUUGGCUCACUGCAUUCCGUGGAUCACUCCCAACAUUCCUUUCUUCCCAAACCCAAUCACACCCAUCUUCCUUGCUUGAGUCUUCUUCGCCUUCCUCCACCAAAGAAAUUAUUUCACUUUUCACGUCCCUUCAAACCCAAAUUUUUGAAUCUGUUGCUGAACUCCAAGAAAUUAUUGAUCUACAAGAUGCCAAGAAGAAGCUUGACGGGGAAAUUAGGUCAAAAGAUUCAGCACUUCUUGCGUUUGCCAACAAACUCAAAGAUGCUGAGCGGGAACUUGACAUUCUGGUUGACGAUUACUCUGACUAUCGCCGCAGCAUCAAGAGAUUUAAAUCAGAAGAUGGGAGUGAAGAUGAUUCUGUAACCACUUCGACUAUCACAUCUCAGCUGAAACUGUCAGAUAUAUUAUCAUAUGCUCAUCGAAUAAGUUAUACAACCUUUGCACCACCGGAAUUUGGAGCAGGAACGGCUCCUCUUCGCGGUGCAAUGCCACCUGCACCACAAGAGGAACAAAUGAGAGCUUCACAGUUAUAUAACUUUGCAGAUCUUGAUAUUGGUUUGCCUAAAGCAGUUGAUUAUAAGGAGAAAACAGUUGAGGCUAUUAUUGAGCCUCCACCUUUACAGCCCGUGGAUACCAAUCCACUUGCAAAUUUGUCUGCAAUUCAAGGGAUGCUUCCUCCCAAUUUUUCUAUUCCGCCUGGUUGGAAACCUGGAAUGCCUGUACAAUUGCCUAUUGAUAUGCCAAUUAAGCCCCCACCUGGGUGGAAACCAGGGGAUCCUGUGGCAUUGCCUCCUAUUGACUCGGUACCAAGAUUUGAGGAACCUAAAAUACCCCCUCACAUCCCUCAGCCCAAGCAGCCUGAAAUUAUUCAAGUGCAGCAUGUUAAUUUGGAUCUUGGAGGAACUGAUAGUAGUGAUUAUAGUAGUGACGAGGCAAGCUCUGAUGACGAAGAUUGA